AUGAACCUCUCGAUCUGGAAGAUCACCGCCGACCUGCAUGUGUCGAUCGGGACUGCUCAAACCAUCAUCACGAAAGACCUAGGAUAUUGUAAAAUACGUUACUACGCGGACAUUUCGGUAGGCUUUAGUGCUCCUUCAUUGGGACACAUAUCAAUGCGUCUUGAGCAUACCCACGCAGCAGCUAUCGGUUGGCUGAACGAAAAAGGCAAAAUUGAGUUUGGCUGCGGUGGUUCGCUCAUAUUGGAAAGCUUCGUUCUUACAGCAGCACACUGUAUGGAUAAUCCAAAUACACUCGAAAGACCAUUAGUAGUUCGAUUAGGCGAUCGCAAUCUGAUACACAGUAAGGAUUCUGAAUAUGCACAAGAAAUAAAAAUAAGAGAUAUAAUACCUCAUCCAAAGUAUAACAGAGCAACCUCCCAUUUUGAUAUUGCCUUACUGGUGUUGGAUAAACCUGCAAGAAGAGUGUUUGGAGUUAUACCGGCGUGUCUGUGGCUAGAAGAUGAACUCCCCAUCUCGACAUUUUAUGCCGCCGGCUGGGGAGCAAAUGGGUUUGAUAAAAAACCCACCAACUAUCUCGUGACAGCAGUUCUUCAGCCCGUGACAAACGAAGAAUGUAUAGAUAAACUUAAACGUCAGGUUCCCCGAAUGAAACUAGCCAAUGGUAUAAGCGAUCACCAGCUAUGCGCAGCAGGUAUCGAAAUGGACACUUGCAAGGGAGACUCUGGAGGACCUCUGUAUAGCAAACUAAAUUUUGCAAACAAACUAGUUCCAUUUCUUGUCGGCCUGACGUCGUAUGGCGGACCAUGUGGAUUUUCGCAGCCGGGUGUGUAUGUGCGGGUGUCCAAAUUUAGAGAUUGGAUUAUCGAAACGAUACGACAGUUUAAUCCAUCGGUGACUGCAUCCACGUUUGACCCUAUGAGUUGUGCAAAAAGAAACCUUUUCUUGCGUGAAGCCGAUGUGCUGACGAUGUUCCAAGAGAGAGAGCCAAACAGUGUGCAACUUAUAUAUCCGCAACAACCGUCUCGUGUCGAUUGUGGAGGCAUUUUGGCUGAGCCUGAUGCUGUUAUAACGUUGGCCACUUGCGUGAAAUGGAAUGGUGCUGAUCCUACCCGCGUAAAGUUGUUCGAUUCGGAGGUGAUUGAUGUAGAUGAUAUUGUUUACCAUCCAAAUUUUGGGGGAAAUCUUUACAAUAAUAUUGCAAUUAUAAAGCUUAAGCGCUUUUCCAACUUUCGUCCGCAUUGCAUUGAGUACGAUACACUAGAAGAUAUUGCUUUGGAGCUUCCCGUAAUUAUCCCUACUCCCCUAAAUAUUAUCAAAGAACAAAGUGAGUACUUAUUGUUAGCCAUUUUAUAUAUGUAUAUGUGCUAUCUUAUAUAUGUUUAA